CGCGGAUUUUGAUAAUUUUGCGGCCCUUUCCAAGCACCAGUCAGCCCACCACCACCCAACAACUCUGGAACACAAAUCACAGCCUCCUCGUCCCGUAAACAACGACGAUCAGGCGAAGUGCCAAGCAGACUCUGACACUCGCUCGCUCUCCGUGCAAAGUCAGCAGAAACCACUGUGUGCCACUGAACACCGAGUUUGCGCUAGACCAAAGACAGAGGACACGAGUGCCCGCUGUCAACGCUGAGCAAGUGCACCGCUCCUGAGGCAGUCCCCGACACGCACCGCCUUCUUGUGCUGACCUCGUGGCUUUGCCUCGGCUCUCUGCUUUGUGUGUUUGUUGUUCACCAUUACCAUCACAACGGAGGGGGGCACGCCACACCAGCGCGCCUCUGGCAGAGCGCACGGACGACCGUCCGACAGUCAAGACCCCCAUUUCGGUCUACACCCACACCAGCAGCAACAGCAGUUCCUGCAGCAACAGCAGCACCAGCAGUACCAACAACAGCACCAGCAGCACCACCCCAAUCCUGGAAACAUGUCUGCUGUGCCCAACGCUUCCCCCACGCGCCGCGAUCGUGACGAAAACAACAGGAAAAUCUUCGUCGGCUCACUCGAUCCCCGCACAACCAGAGAGCAACUGGUAGACUACUUUGACAAGUUUGGCAACAUUGUCGACUGUGUGGUCAUGACAGAUGCGCAAGGAACACGAUCCCGCGGAUUCGGCUUUGUAACGUUCAAGGAGGCUGCCUCUGUUGAACAAGUCCUUGCCUCGGGCCCGCACGAGAUCGCAGGGCGCGUGAUUGACCCAAAGCGCGCCUUGCCCAGACAUCACCACGACGACCCACACCAGCAGCAGCAGCAGCAACCGCAGCAGCAUCGCCAGCCGCGCGUACGCAAGGUGUUUCUUGGCGGUCUGCCCCAUGACGCAAAGGAGGAGGAGAUUAAGGACUUUUUCUCCAAGUAUGGUGAUGUUGAGGACGUCAUCAUCCAGUACGACCGCAUUUCAGGCCGUCCGCGCGGCUUUGGCUUUGUUGUGUUUGAGAAUGACGCAACCGUGGACCAGCUCGUCACGUCCUCCGAACGCGUUUACGUCGAAUUCAAGGGCAAGCGGGUUGAGAUCAAGCGGGCGUUCCCAAAGGAGUCGGCACCCCGGUCCUCCACCGCCCGCCAAUACCAGCAGCAGUUCACAUACCGAAGAGCUGGCGAGGCAUACGUGCCCACUGCGCCGAUGGUGCGGCCAAACUACCGCCAGCCGCUCACGCCGUUCCCGCAACCGCCUUACCCGGCCGCCCAGCAGAUGAUGCAGCGCUAUUACCCCUCUCCAUAUUAUCCGCAAUUCUCCCCAUAUGCUGCCCGCCCCUCAUUUGACCAGUUCCCCGUGCAGCAGCAGCAGGUGCAGCAGCCACAACAGCAGCAGCAAUUCUACGACCCAACAAUGGGCCAGCCAGUAGGUAUGGAGAUGAUGCCUGAUGAUGGGAUGCAGCCUGCCCAGGUGCAGUUUCCUACCGCGUACGACCCCACGGCACCUGUCGCCUACAUGGCGCCAACGAUGCCCAUGAUGGCGCAGACAACCGCACACACGCAGCCGAGUCACAUGGCCGUGCCCAUGCAGCAGGCGCCCCCACAGCUCGCGCCGCACCCGCAGGGCGGUGUCAUGCCCUCCAUGCAGCAUCAGCAGCACUUCCCGUACUCUUGAAACAGCACCAACCCUGCACCAAGAAUACACGCCUUUUGCCCCCCCCCCCCUCUCUCUCUUGGGCAACACAAUGCACCACGCCCAUGGCUACCUUCGCUAUCUUCACUGCCAUGAACAAUCGCCACGUCCUUCAGACCUUCCUUGUUUUGAACAGCACCGACAUCAUAUCUUCAGUCAGCAGCACCAGUUAUCACCAUGUCCAGCCUGUCCAGCCAGCCUCUCGCCGUGAAGGCCCCCCACCAAGCAUGUUCUUCAUCGUCAUUAUCACCACCACCGUGUUGUUUCACAACCACAGCAACCUCAGUUCACUACCACCGCUACCACCGCUACCACCACUACCGUUGCUGCGAGGACACUCAUCACCUGCACAGCGUACACAACGUCAACAGCGUCAACGUCAAUAUGACCAUCGCCCCAGCAUGGUCCUCCCUGCUCCUACUUCCCCCCCCCACCAAAUGGCUCCAUUGCCCUUCCAGAACCGCGCACGCAGAGAGUUAUAAUUGUUACGUGAAUGCAUGGCCAAGACUACACCGACUUACAGCCUCAGGAUCAUUGUUCCCCAGCAGCAGCUCUGGGUUUCUGUGUUACGUUGUUCUUUCACAUGCCCCUGCCCCCUUUCCUUUUCUUUGUUUUCCACCUUGAUCGCAAGUUACACGUGCAACUGUCACAGGCGUGCUUUGUGCAUAUGCACACGCAGCACAUGUCCACAACCCCUUCCGUGGUUUUUAUUUUGCUGUGUGUCUCCUUUGCUGUGUGAUCUGCUUGCGUUUGGGUUUUGCGUUGUCUCAGUUUCAUAUUGUUGUCUCAGUUUCAUAAGCGUCUCUUCGUUCCUCUGGGCUUGCUGGCACAUGUGCUUGCAAGCAAGUGAUGAUGGUGUGUCUAGCACGUGCUGUGCUCGCUGUAACAGCCUUCCGUCCUUUCUCUCUUGGUUGUCGCCUUGCCCUUGCUGCUUUCUUUUCGCUUGGUUUGUGCUACCGUUCGCUGUAAUUGCACUUUAUUAACUAAAGUGCUUUCCUCGUGCUUCUCUUCCUAUCCUCCACCAGGGAGGGCCUUUCUUACUUCCACUUGCUUCAUUUCGCCUUGUUGUUUGUUGUUGUAUGAACCCACUGUGGGCCAUUCUUGCAACAACGCCCCUUCCAACCACACACACACACACAUACACACACACACACGUGGUCGCUGUGUCUCUCUUGCCUGUUGGUGUGUCUUUGUUGUCUGUUGAUGUGUUUCUGUCGCUGUUAUCCCUGCGCCAUCACUGCGCGUUCACCAUCAUACGAUCACUCCAUCAUGCUGACGCAGUGCGCACAAUUCUGCCAUUUGUGUGCAUUCAUACUUGCGUCAGUCUUUGCUCUUCAUCGCUCGCCACUCUCUCCUGGAUUUGCCGUUUUGCUUUGUACACUCUCAG